UGUGUGUGUGUAUGUGUGCGUGCGUGUGUGUAUGUAUGUGACAUGUUUUACUGACUGAGUCUGUCCUCUCUCACAGGGCCUCACUGGUGCAGUAGGAAGCCCCGGCAGUAGAGGACCCAGAGGGUUUCAGGGUGCUGGGGGAGAGCCUGGAGAGGGAGGUUCCCCUGGAGCCACGGGUCCACCAGGACAGCCGGGACCGCCUGGUGCCCCUGGACCAAACGGAGACAGAGGUUUCAGUGGGAAGGCAGGUGUGGAGGGGCCCCAGGGACCUGUAGGCAUGUAUGGUUAUCCUGGAACAGUGGGAAUGCGCGGAAGACCAGGUCACAUGGGAGAGAGGAACAUUCCUUUUCUGAGACAUUCCAGAACACGAAGUGAUUUUCUUGCAGAAGGGAAGGCGGAGUGAACGCCGCAUGCUUUCAGAAAGGGGAGCCUGGUUUGAGAGGUCUCCGGGGUCUCAUGGGGAAACAAGGAGCUCCAGGUAAACCAGGACCUCCAGGAGAGAGAGGCCCCCCAGGGCCACAGGGUCGCCUGGGAGACACCGGACCCACGGGGCUGGAUGGACCUCCUGGCCGCCCUGGUCUCCCAGGCACGGACGGAGCAUUGGGGAAGCCAGGGGCCCCAGGAAGCAAAGGACCACAGGGGCCACAGGGUUUGGAUGGGCCCCCUGGAAAUCCAGGCAAAGAGGGGGAGCAGGGAUUGAUGGGACCAGCUGGAGAGAAGGGGGACAGGGGCAUUCUGGGACCCCCAGGGGAUGCUGGCCCCCAAGGACUAGACGGAGAACAGGGUGUCAUGGGUCCAGCCGGUGUGGAGGGUCCACCCGGGGAGAAAGGGGAACAGGGGGAUUCAGGUCCCUGUGGCAAGGUUGGCCCCGAGGGGCCCAAAGGAUACCCAGGGCCCCAGGGUGCCAAGGGCCUGCCGGGCGAGCUGGGCCAGCCGGGCAAUGAGGGUGACGCUGGGCCUCCUGGAGAACGGGGAGACCCAGGUCCUAAAGGAGAAAAGGGCGAUGUGGGCCCCAUCGGGUUUCAGGGACUGGAGGGGCCUGCCGGGGACCUCGGGGACAAUGGGGAGAGGGGCCCCAAAGGGGAGAAGGGCCACAUUGGAAUGCUGGGCCAGGUGGGAUUGCUGGGGGGAAUCGGACCCCCCGGUUUGGCUGGACUAGAGGGAGCUAUGGGGCCACAGGGACUCCCAGGGCCAGAUGGAGCUCAGGGACUGAAGGGGGAGGUGGGGCCCAAUGGUCUGAUUGGCCCCUCUGGAGACCCAGGGCCUCAGGGCGUGGCAGGUCAGGCGGGACUGAAAGGCGCCAGGGGAAACCCAGGUCCUCGGGGUGCCGUAGGAAAGCGGGGUCCGUGGGGACCCGUUGGCCCAAAGGGGCUGGAAGGACCGGAGGGGGGAAAGGGGCUGUCGGGGGAGAAAGGGGAGCCAGGAGAGGAGGGGCCGGAGGGUUUGCCAGGGAUCAGAGGGCCGCCUGCCCUGCCCGGAUUAGAGGGGUCACCAGGUGAAGCAGGCGCUCGGGGGGCACCAGGACCACCAGGAUCCCAGGGUCCCAUUGGCGGUCCAGGGCCCGCAGGAAGACAGGGACCAAAGGGAGAAAAGGGGGAAGAUGGAAAAAUUGGUCGCCAGGGAAAAACGGGUCACGUUGGACGGAGGGCCAAAUCGGGGAAGGCAGGAAUGAGGGGCACGCGAGGACCCAGAGGAGAAAAGGGAGCGAGAGGAGAGCCCGGAGUGAUGGGACCCCCAGGGAGGCAGGGACCUUUCGGUAUCCCCGGCUUACGAGGGGAAAAUGGGGGUCCUGGUCUGAAAGGGGCGGAGGGGGAGAAAGGGACCAUGGGCCCACCGGGGCCUCCUGGAGGAGACGGACUGAAGGGCACCCAGGGUUCUCUGGGGGAAUCGGGCCCACCGGGACAGAAGGGAGACCAGGGACACAUCGGUCCCAUCGGGACGCGUGGGGACCCUGGAAUGCCCGGACUACCUGGAUUGUUUGGAGAAAAGGGACUGAAAGGGUUUGAAGGACUGCCAGGACCAGCUGGGCCGAUGGGGCUGCCUGGGCCACCUGGUCCCCCAGGUCCACCGGGGCCCGCAGUGAACCUCACACUGACAAAGCUAAAGGAGCUGACGUACGCAUCGGACCGGCCCGAUUACCCGCUGAUCCAGUCGCUGCUCGACUCGCUGCAGCGGGACCUGCGGCUGCUCGUGGACCCGCCCGACGGCACCAAGGAGCACCCGGCCGCCACCUGCCUGGAGCUGUGGCUGUGCCGGCCCGACUUCCCCAGCGGGAUGUAUUACAUCGACCCAAACCUCGGCAGCCCAGCGGACGCUCUCCUGGUGCACUGUAACUUCACCACAGCCGGGGGGCAGACCUGCGUGUCCCCCAGGAACGAACAGGUGCCCAUUAAAGCGUGGCUGAAGGACUCUGGAGCUGAAAGCUCUUUCCAUUGGCUGAGCACGCUGGAGAGGGGCUUCCAGUUUGAGUACCCAGGCGCCAGUGUGGUCCAGAUGAGGUUCCUCCGGCUGAACAGCCGUUCGGCCACGCAGAGAGUGACGUUCUCCUGUCGCCAUGGGAGCAGGCUGGGACCGAGGGAGAGAGACGUCAAAUUCCUGGCCAACACUCGGAGGCAGAGUUUCUUGGGCACGCUGAGAGACUGCGUGCAGCCCGUGGAAGAAGGGGAUUCUGGGCCGCAGCAGUCCACAUUUCAGUUCGAUGAGCCGGACCUGCUCCCGAUCCGGGACCUGGCGGUGUUUGGCAGCAGCGACCUCACGCAGGAGUUCGGCUUCACCAUCGGGCCGGUGUGCUUCAGCUAAGGAGGGGUCCCCCCUUCCCAACACCCCGUCAACAUCACCACCACCCCCCAAUGCCCUCACUCCCCCACCACACACACCUCUCCUUACAAGUGGGGCCCACAUGCCACUGCAAACUGGACCAGGAGAAGCCAGAAGAAUGAGGACAAAGGGAAUCUCUACUCCUCUGUCCCACAAUUCCUUGUUUUCCGCUGAUCACCAGAGAGAGGUAGCUGCACUAGCAGGACCAUGCUCUCCCGCGUUUCUCAUGGUUUACAGAGGCAGACCGGCGCUCCACGUUUUACUCGUAUUUAAGACUCCCUGUGAGAGUGGCAACAUCUCCAGAAAUGGGUUCUCCAGAAGGACUACCUUGUUUUUUUCCUGUUUGAAUUUCCUGUUUGUGUUUACAGAGACAUUUAUAUUGAAACAUUUUGUUAAUUUAUAUAUUUUAUGUUUUUCGGUUUGUUUUCAUAUAUAAUGGUACUUUUUUAUUGUUAAUCCAGGUUUUUUUUUUUAAAUAGCAGUGGUAUAAAUACUGUACAGUCAUUUUAUUUGAUUUUUCUUACUCGAUCAGCUCGCUCAAGUGUUCGAGGCCCUGAGAGCUGUUGCUAAUAGUAUGGCAGGCUUAUCUUGCACAACUUCAACAAUGUGUUCCUGUGCAGAACACAGCUAAUAUUCUCUCAGAUGGGCUCACAAAGCACUACUACUACCUCCCUUAAGGGUUGUUGGUUAGUUGAAUCUCUCAGUAAACUGACUUAAAAUUUUAAAAUCUCAUGUGUAACAAACUGGUGCCCGACCUGCUUUUUUUUCCCAGUUCACUUUAAACGGUAAGUGUGGUGGAUUAACCUUUACCCUGAUGCUAAAAUGAGAAUGAGCGCCCGGCCUCAUACUGAAAUAUGCGUUCUGGCAGCUGAUUCCCGACCUGAUAGGAACCCAAUUCGUGUUGCUGACAUUCGCAGGAGCGGAGAGGAAUUUUUUAUGUUCCCCUCUUUCCAGCGACAGUUGAUAUGGGAAUAUAUGAAUUUGAAAAGCGACCGGAGGAUGUGCAAGUCCAUACGCAGCACAUUCCGAAUUCCCAGCAAGCGGCUUCGCAAGGGCAUCCAGACUUAGGGAGGCUGUCGCAAGAGAGAACAAACGCAAACAUCUAUCUUGAGAAUAAACUCCUUGGGAUGGUCACGUUACUGAUAAAGCUGUCUGCUCAACCUUUCGUAAAAGGCGCAUUAAAUUGGUGCUGUGUAGCACUCGAAGACUGUGGGCGGACGAUGGAGAUCUCAGGUUAAACAAAUGCACAUUAAAAAUUAAUAAAUGACAUCAGCUGUGUACAACAAUAACACAAUUUGCAACGAUAUUAAACGUGUUACACUUCAGCAAAGACAGGGCUUGAAUCUUUUGUGUUUGUACUGCAGGGUAUUGCGUAUUUUCAAAUAUGUUGACAUGUUUCUCCUUUGUGAACUGACCAACAAUGCCCUUACUGUAGACUUCAGGGAGUCAUGAAGCAAGUACCUACAGUGCCAUCUUCAGCCUCCUGUCCAUCACGGCUAACCAAAGAGACACAUCUCGGCGUCUCCUGCUAAAAUUGCUGUAGUCAGUGCAGUCGUGUACUGAACAUGAAUACCUGUACCUUGCAAAAUAAUGCUCUUAAAUGCUACAGGUGAUGUGCAGGUAAUUUUGCUUUUGCUUGUUGAAUAUGUGUUCAGUGCUCUCUUUUGCCUACAGUGCUGUUUAUGUAACGUACAUGAAUAAGAUCAGUAACUAUUCCACAGUCAUUUUUUACCAGUCGUGUGCCCAAGGUUAGCCUUUUGGUACAUUGUUGCAUAGCUUCAGUGAACUUUCACAUCAAGCCCCAGUACACACUAUGGGAACAUAUCAAUUUUAAAUAUGGUUGACUUAGCUGGCUGAGACUAAUCCAUUGGUGCUAUACCUGAUACAGCAAAUGUUUUUUUCCCAGUCAUUGUUUUUGUAUUAUUAGCGUACUUGUUGCAAUAUUUUUUUAUUAAAUGAUAUGCUGGUCAUUUGUUUUAGUUUUAUGAGUGGUUCACCCUUGAAAUCACAGCAGUGUAUCAGAUCAAUAAACAAUUACUUUAUUCA